GUAAACGGAAAGCAGCAGAAGAGAGCAGUACUGCCUUGUAACGUCAAGUGUGCCAAGUGUGCAGGACGCUAAUAAGUCAGUCUUAUUAUUUGUUAUCCAGUUUAUAAUAUUUACGGCGCAUAAAAUACAUCUUUGAUUCAUUAUUUAAGGAUAAAGUGGUCUCGAUGCACUAGAAGCACUGUGCCGCUUCUCGUGCUAUCUUUGCUUGUUAGUUAGCUUAGCUCGCUAGUUAGCUUAGCCUGUUAGCUGCUAACAGAAGACACAGAAGUUAUCAACACAUCGCUAAGUAGAGAUCAAGUGUGAGAGUAAAGUGUUGUGAUUGUGUGAAAAUGUGCGAAAGAAGGAUAGCAAAGUAUGAGGAGGAACUUUGUCUUACAAAAGAGGAGAAGGAGCGACAACAUCAACUACUGGACGCUGUUUUCAAGAAACAUCAAGUUGUGUUACACAGAACAGACAUCGAUGAAGAACAUCUUCCUCAUGAGGAGGAGGAGGAACCACAGUCCCCCCACAUACACGAGGAAGAAAAGGUACCACAUUCCCAACACAUCAAAGAAAAAGGAGAGGAGUCAAAGCCCCCCCACAUUAAAGAGGAAGACGAGACGCCACAGACCCAUAAUGUUAAACUGACCCUUCACAUCAAAGGGCAAGCGGAGGACCCACUCAUCUUACACAUCAAAAAGGAAGAGGAGGACCUACUGACCCCUUACUUUAAGGAGCAAAAGAACCAGCUGAUCCCUCACAUUAAAAGGAAAGAGGAAGAAGAGGACCAAGAGCCGCCGCACAUUAAAGAGGAAGAGGAGGAAGAGGGCAUCAGUCAGCCUAAAUGGUUGGAGGAGUUCCCAGUGACUGGUGUCCCUGUGAAGAGUGAAGAUGAUGAGGUGAAAGGUGAAAGUGAGGAGAGGGGAGGGGGGGAGCCUCCAAGCAGCAGCUCAACACAACACAUGACAACAGAAGCUGAUGGAGACCACUGUGGAGGAUCACAAGCAGACAAGCUCUUAGCUCCACUAUCAGAUAGUGAGGACACAACGUCACACUCUCCUGACACUGAUGAUGAAGACUCUAAAGAUGAUAAGACAUGUCACACUGACAACACUCACUUCACAUCUUCUCACUCUCACAAAACCUUUAAAUAUCCUAGUCUUCUGAAAAGACACAUGAGAACACACACUGGAGAAAAACCUUUUUCUUGUUCACUCUGUAGUAAAGGUUUUACACAAAGUAUCCAUUUGAAAAUACACAUGAGAACACACACUGGUGAAAAACAUUUUUCCUGUUUAAUCUGUGGUAAAGGUUUUACAGAAAGUCAGAGUUUGAAAGUACACAUGAGAAGACACACUGGUGAAAAACCUUUUGUUUGUUCAAUCUGUGGUAAAGGUUUUACUAGCAGUCAAUGUUUGAAAAGACACACAAGAACACACACUGGUGAAAAACCUUUUCCCUGUUCAAUUUGUGGUAAAAGUUUUAGAGAAAGUCGCAAUUUGAAAGUACACACGAGAACACACGCUGGUGAAAAACCUUUUCCCUGUUCAAUUUGUGGUAAAAGUUUUAUAGAAAGUCAGAAUUUGAAAAGACACAUGAGAACACACACUGGUGAAAAAUCACAUUCCUGUUGAAUCUGCAACAGAAGCUUUUGUGACCGAUCAAGCCUUGUAAGACACACGAGAAGACACCCAGGAGAGAAAGUGUUGAGUUGCAGUGUGUGUGGUGAAAGAUUGUCUUCUAAGUACCAGUGUAAGAAACACAAGUGUGCUGGUGAGAACAGCAGCAGCAAAUGAAACUGCAGGAUUUGAAAUAAACUGUCCAGACUUUCAUUUUGACUUUCUAACAACAUCAGCACAUAUAACAUGUGUGACAUUGUUGUUUGUCUAACAAUAUGUUUUAUAUGCUUCUACAUUUAUAGAUUAGAUAUUUUAUAUUAGUGCUUUUUUCAGUCAAGCACAUACAUUAAUAUGCAAUAUUGUGUACUCUUAUUAUAAAAUGGACAGAACAAUUUAAGUAAAAAGGUGGGAGUAAACAGUACGGGAAAUAUUUUACAUGCAAUAAACAUUUUAUGUGUGUGUGUGUAUAUAUAUUCUGUAUAUUCAACAUAUAAUUUUAGACUUAUUCAUAUGAAAUAUGAAAUUAUUACAUAUUUGUAUUUGUAAUUGUUAAUAAUCCCAUAGAUUAUCACCUUUAUAUGAUAUACAUAUGUACUGGUUCACAUCUGAAACAUCUUCUGGACCACUUCAGGAAGCAUAUUAUUAAUUAUUUUAUACAUCGUUUAAACAAUACAAUUUUAAAAUGUGUGACUUUUUGAAUCAUCUGUUGGGUCUCUUUAAUCUAUUUUAUUCAUUGUAUUUUUUACUCUGUAUUAUGAUGAUUGUGUUGUGAUUGUUAUAUAUGUAUGUCCCCAGACCUUUAUGCAGUAUAAAAGUGAGAGAAAAUGGCAGAUUUAUUUGUGGAAGGAUGGCUAAGUUUUUACAUUUGUGGAUAUAUUAA